AUGGCCCCCACAAUCGUCGCCCCCGCGGGCGGAGAUGGCCUCCCACCCGGCACCACCAAGCUCAUCGACCAAGACGGCUCCAUCGUCGGCAAACACGCCUCCGGGUCCGAUGAAUCUGACAUUGUGCUUAUUCCUCGCGCAUCAGACGAUCCAGAGGACCCGCUCAACUGGACGAAGAAGCGAAAAUGGUUGGCGACAUCGUGUGUUCUUGUCUACACCAUCAUGAUCGCGAUUCCGAGUAGCGCGGUCUACUCUGUCGUGACGCCUAUCAGAACAGCAACUGGCUUGUCCUUGUCGGAUAUAAAUAACGGGACAGGUAUCAUGUUUUUGUUCUAUGGCUGGGGUUGCUUGAUCUGGCAACCGUUCGCGCUGCAAUAUGGCAAACGGCCGGCAUACCUUGCGUCUCUCCUCGCCAAUAUCGCUAUCCUUGCCACUGCUCCGAUGUGCACGAAAAAGCACACGUACCUGGCCAAUCGAAUCCUGCUUGGGCUUUUCGGAGCGCCGGUUGAGUCGCUAUGCGAGAUAUCGAUCACCGAUAUUUGGUUCGCGCACCAGCGCCCAAAGUACCUUGCGCUCUACGGAUGGGGCCUAUCCAUGACAGGCAAGCUUGCUCCAAUGCUGUCAGGUUUCAUCAACGUUGGCAUGGGCUGGGAGUGGACUCUAUGGUGGUGUGCCAUCUUCAACGGUAUUGCAUUUGUCUAUUGCUUCCUUUUCAUGGAGGAGACCAACUACGACAGACCUGCAAGGCCGGUGGGAGACAACACAGCAUUGAUGUCCGAGAACGGGGCUACUGAUCAGCAGCAGGGAGGCGAUGAUGCAGACGAGAAAAUGUCCGAUAAAGCCGGCGACAGCAAUUCCGCAAAUGAUGCCAAGGCAUUCGAUAGCGAGACCGGGCAGGUCUUUUUCCCCCGCAAGACAUACAUUCAAAAGCUUGGUAUCAAGGACAAGCCUAGGCCCAAUCGCAUGUUGGACAUCGCGCUUGGCGGCCUCCGGGGCUUCACAUACCCUUCGGUUGUGUACGCUGGUUUGAUGUACGGUGCGAACAACUUGGUCUGGUCUGGUGUGCAGAACGCUACUGCUGGUACAGUCUACACCACAAUGUACGGCUUCUCGACAGCCGGUGUAGCUGCCGCAUACUUAGGUGGUCUGCUUGGCACUAUGGUCGGGGGCUACUACUGUGGCAAAGUCGGUCGACUGCUCACCAUCAAACUCGCCCGCCGCAACGGCGGCAUAUCAGAGUCUGAGCACUCUUUGUGGCUCUUCUCGGCGUCCAUGUUCCUGGUUCCGUUCAGCAUGCUUCUCUACGGGCUCGGCGUGACGUAUCAUAUUCACUGGAUGGGUCUCGUCAUUUCCCAAUUCACCCUUGCCAUCAACAAUGCACUCGCCGUAUCUGGCUCCCUCGGCUACGCCAUUGCCUCGUAUCCCCAGCUGAGCGGUGACAUGAUCACCACCUGCGUCAUCAUCCGCAACACGAUGUCUUUUGCAAUAAACUACAGCAUCACCCCCUGGCUAAAUCAAAUGGGUUACAGAGACACCUACAUCAUUGUUGCAGCCAUUGGCUUUGUGUGGAAUGCGAGCAUAUUCGUCGUGACAAAGUACGGUAGAAGCAUCAGGGAGAAGAGCGCCGCGCGAUAUUGGAAACAAGUUGCUCAGGCCCAUUCCAAGGGCUUAAGUCAUUAA